CAUCCUCCAUCCUCUCUUCCAUCCUCCUCUAUCUUGUCAACCUGAUGGAUCUCCUCACUCUAUUCAUUCAUGAACCUUCUCUGAGUUCUCCUCCAGCCCUUCUUCCUAAAGCCUUAAGAAACUGAGCCUCAUGACAUAGAGGAAGUAGGCGGGCUCAGCUUGGUGCAAACAGAUAAACUGAAGAAUGGUCAGAUCUGUCAGAGGAACAAUGAGAGGCACAGCUCUACCAUGGCUGUUCUUUCUGACCUUCUUCCUAUGCUGUUCAUUAAUCAAAGUCCUUCCAGCUCAUCUAACAGUCAGUCCAAACAGAUCUCAGUUCUUCAGAGGAGAUUCUGUAUCUCUGAGCUGUGAGGGCGACAGCUCUGCUGGAUGGACUGUAUGGAGGAACACAACCAGUGAACAGUCUGAGUGUAAAGGUCCAUGGGGGAAACCUGCUGGCCAAACCUGUAACAUGACCUUUAUGACCACAGGUGACAGUGGAGUUUACUGGUGUUCCCCCUCCAGAGAGGGAGCAGCCAGCAGCAGCAUCCAGCUCACUGUCACUGGUGGAUCAGUGAUCCUGCAGAGUCCUGUCCUCCCUGUGAUGGAGGGAGAUGACGUCACUCUGAGCUGUCUAACAAAGACCACUCCCUCCAACCUCCCAGCUGCUUUCUAUAAAGAUGGCUCCCUCAUCAGGACUGAGCCCAAAGGUCACAUGACCCUCCACCAUGUGACCAGCUCUGAUGAAGGCCUCUACAGGUGUAACAUCAGUGGUCAUGGAGAGUCUCCAUCCAGCUGGAUCUCUGUUGAAGAGAAAUCCUCCACGUCUUUCCCAACAACCAUCCCUUCUUCUACAUCAACCUCUCCCCCCUCCUACCAGUUUCAUCAUUAUGGGUAUCUGGUUCUAUUUGGUGCCAUGGUUGUUGCUGUACUGGUGGUUCUACUGUUGAAAUAUUGCAUUAAUAGAAAAAGCAAAG